AAUAAUAGUUACAUCACAUGCACACGAACACACGCACAGUGGGUCGUUUUAGCCUAAAAACUGCGUUUUCUUUGCGUUGAUUAUGAUACAAUAUUUUCCGCGAUUUUGAUAAAGGAAAUCUGUUCCAUACAAUCUUAUAGCUCAAAUUGAAAUGGCUCUGCGAAAUGCCUGGAGAAGCUCUUUGAAUUUCCAUUGUAAUCGGCAGUGUUUGAUUCAGGGGUUUUCCUUUGCGAGCCGGUUUUGUAGUCGAAAACCUCGUCAUGUCCUGGAUGUUAUCCAUCAAAAUGCCAUGAAUGUCCGACACACUACAUCAUCGGCACUGAGCUGCACCAAGAGACUAGGACAAUUCUUCAAGUUACCGCAACUGUCCAGAUUGUACUCUCGUUACCCAAGGAGUCAGCAGAUAUUUCAGCAUGCCAGUCGGCGUUUUCAGAGCAAUGGAGUGGCAGAGGCACAGCCGACCGCAGCUAUCCCAGCACAUGCACAGAAGAUUGUUGGCUGGUGGUUGCUGGGCUGCUGUGGUAUGGUGGUGGGUGCUGUAGUACUGGGCGGAGUAACAAGGUUGACAGAAUCUGGUUUGUCGAUGACUGACUGGCACCUGAUCAAGGGAAUGAAACCCCCACGGACCCAGGAGGAAUGGCAGGCGGAGUUCGACAGAUACAAGCAAUUCCCAGAAUACAAGUAUGUGCACCGUGACAUCACAUUGGAUGAGUUCAAAUGGAUUUGGCGCAUGGAGUAUGGCCAUCGUAUGUGGGGGCGCACUAUCGGCCUGGUAUUCCUCCUUCCCGCUGCGUAUUUCUGGAGGAAGGGUUGGCUGACAAAAGCCAUGAAACCCAGGGUGCUCAUCUACGGAUCUUUACUGCUGUUCCAGGGUCUGCUCGGCUGGUACAUGGUCAAGAGUGGUCUACAGGAACCACAGCCUACUGACAUGCCUCGUGUCAGUCAGUACAGACUAGCUAGUCAUCUAGGAUCUGCUUUUGCUCUCUAUGCACUCAUGCUGUGGAGUGGCUUAUCACAUGUCCUGCAGUACAAACCAAUAGCGGACAGCAGAUAUCUGCCGUUACUGAGGAAGUGCGCACAUGGCACUAUGGCCUUAGUGUUUGUCACAGCCUUAUCAGGUGCCUUUGUGGCUGGGCUAGAUGCUGGUUUGGUCUAUAACUCGUUCCCCAAGAUGGCCGACAAGUGGGUGCCUGAUGACAUCAUGGCCAUCCAACCCAAAUACAAGAAUGUUUUUGAGAACCCAACCACGGUACAGUUUGACCACCGCAUUCUGGGAACGACUACAGCUUCAGCAGUUGUCGGGAUGUGGUUGCUUGCUCGUAAAGUACCGUUACCAGCGAGAGCCAACCUAGCAGUGAAUUGCAUGCUCGCCAUGAGUGCUGCACAGAUAACCCUGGGUAUCUGCACCCUGUUGUACUUUGUACCCACCGAGUUGGCAGCGGCCCAUCAGUCUGGCUCACUCACGCUAUUGUCCCUGGCGAUAUGGUUUGCUCACGAGAUCAGAAAGGUUCCUAAAUAACCACAAAACUGCUACAAGAUAUGCUGUGGAAUGACGUAAUUCUUGGCAGCAGUCUUGAAUGUCGCUGCCAUUGGCUAGAAAUGGUUUGCAGUUUAAGGUUACAACUUUCCAGGAAAAUCUAACAUGCAUCUUUUUUUCUUAAAUGACUUGGUAAACAAUCAAUGAAAGUACCAAGUACAUGUAUAUUUAAUUGGCCUAUUGCAAAAUGUAAGAUUUUUUUUUUUUACAUUUACCGGUGCACCUGCAGACUGCAGAUGCCCGUUCCAUCGGACCAUUCUGAUUGGGUGGCUGUACCAUCCUCCUUGGUUAAAGGAGCAGUUUUUUUUAACAGAAUGCAACCUUUUUUGCUCGAAAUCAUGUUUCUGAGGAAACAAUAACAGUUGGGAAAAUUGAUAAAAAGUAGAAUGUAAACAUUCUCACACCUUUGUAAAUAAUCAAGGAUGAGAUGGUCAAUUUUAAAAAGUCUGAAGAAAUGAAAGGUUGGAAAGAUGCAUUUCUCAUGCCAAGCUCACAGAUUCAAGAGGUCUGAUUUCAGCCAAAAAAGUUUGAAAAAUCUCACGCAAGAAUUACUGCGUGAAGAGCUGUUUAGGUACAAAAGUUUGGUCCUCAAAAACCAGCUCACGUGACAAAUGUAAACAAACAGGGUUUUUCAACGUUUACGAUGUGCAUUUCUUGAGACCAAGAAAUUUGAAAUCUCCACAGGAAUGUACGUCUUCAAAAUUACGUGUCAAACUGUAAACUGGUGAUUCAGACUCAAGAAUUUGAGGCAAUUUACAUAUAUUAACAAACCAACACUACAUGAGUUUAUUUUGGGUACUGUGUACUACAUUUGGCAUACUUUACUUUAUAAAUAAAUGUGUACGUGUAACUCAUUUCAUUGUAAAUAAAUGCAUGAUGUAAAGA